CAUUCAGUGAUUUUUUGAAAUACCUUUGUGAAACAUAAUUGGAAAGAUCAUGAAAAUCGUGCUUAUUACUGCAUGCUUGCUGGCAGUGCUGCAGCAUGCCUUGACUUUGGUAUGUCCUACAACACCCAGCUAUACACAAAAAUUAAAAAAAAUGUGUGUCGGCGAUGACAUUAAAGUCUUGUGGCCAGACUAUACAGAUGUAACGCGUUACUAUAGAUGCCAGGGCGCAGAAAAUCCCAUUCUAGAAAGCUGUUUUCCCAAUACCGUCUUCAAUUUCUAUGAACAAAAAUGUGCUAGAUGUGAUAAAUAUAUACCAGCACCUGAAUGUGAUAAAGUCUCAACUAUAAAAAACAACUGUGAAAAGUUUACGCCUGCUGCAAUAGUGCCACCGGAAACAAAUGAUCCUUUUUGUGAACUGCCAGUGUAUAAAACUACAUUUAGACCGAAAUGUGUCGGCAAUGAUGUUAACAUAUCUUGGCCGAAUUACGACAAUGUAGCUGAAUACUACUGGUGUAAGGGUCUCUAUAAUCCCCAGAUAAGAAAAUGUGCUAAAGGUACAUAUUUCAACUUUUAUUCCCAAUCUUGUACUGAUUGUGAAUCGUAUGUUGCGGCUCCUGCCUGUGAAAAAUUGCCUUUCGAUAAGACAAAUAAAUGCGUAGCAAUUGGCACUUUACCAAAACUGUCAUCGGCUGCAACCCAAACUAGUACUUGUCUAGACUUAAUGAACUUUUCUAAAAAGUUCACACCUACUUGUGCAGGCAGUGAUGCUGAUAUCCUUUGGCCAAACUAUGAGAAUUUCAAACAAUACUACUUGUGUUUGGGCGUUGGAAAUCCGCAACUAGAAGAUUGUCCCUAUAACUCCUAUUUCAGUUUUCCCCUACAGAGGUGUACGAGAUGUGAUGAUUUCAUCCCUCCUCCAGAAUGUAGUUUGUUGCCAACAAAAUCAGGUAAACCUACUUGCACCACCAUACCACCAACCAAAGUACCCGCAGAACCGCUUCCACCAGUAUGUCAGCCUGCUUUGGAAACGUCUUACACAACAAAGUAUGAGCCAACAUGUGUUGGUAAAGAUCUUUACAUACUAUGGCCAAAUUAUGAAAGCCCCCUAAAAUAUUACAUGUGCAAAGGUCAAUACAAUGCUGUAUUAAUGUCUUGCCCGGCAAAUACUUAUUUUAAUUAUUAUGAACAAACAUGUACUUCAUGUGAAGAGUUUGUGGCUGCUCCGCCAUGUGAAAAAUUAAAACCACAAAAUACUCCCAAGUGUGUAAAGAUUUAAUAAAAGUAAUGAAUACCAA